AUGACAUCGUUGGAAGUUGUGACCCAAGGAAGCCUGAAUGAGUUGGAACUCCCGCACGGCCCAGGGUUUCGGCCUCGAGACCAUGCCGAGACUGUUAUCUCAGGGCUGGAGUGGAGGAAGCGUGUAUAUAAGGCUCCAAUGAGGUGCAUUCUAUUCAUACCCCCCUUUGUUACCAUAAAUCAAAUCAUCAUGCCUGCUGGAAGCGUUUGGCAAUGCACCGCUGGGAAUGCUACCCAGACGUCGGGUACCUGCGCCACCUACCCCAACUGCACUUGUGGUGAACAAAACAAGGAGUCGAAAUAA